AUCCAAAAGAUUCCAAACCCUAGCCCUAGCCAUCGACCAGCCUUUUCGACUGACCUCCAUUAAAAUCCUCCCUCCAAACUUCAAAGCCUUCAUCGCUCUUCCUCUGCUCCAAUCAAAAGCAUUUCUCCAUUCAAAGUCAAUCACAUGAACUUCUCCGCCCGCUCCCUUCCACGCACCGUCACCGGAACUACUUCGACCACUAUCAUGACUACCGCUGCAAUCACAACUAUCGCCAUCAUCAUUCUCUGACUUCAGAGCACUUCCACGCAUCUUCCUCGGGGUUUUUUUUGCUUUCUCAUCCGGUAUCGAAUCCGGCAGCUGUUUAGUCCGUGAAGAAGCUUGGUUGUCAGUGAAAGUUUUGUUUUCGGUUAGCUGUUCGAGAUGGCCAGUGUUAAGGGCUAUGGCGCGUGCUUGCGGGAACAUGCUCUUCAGUUUCCGCGUCCCAGUUGCAACGCCAAAAGACAACGUACCAAGAGAACUGUCGGAUGGAGAUCUCCACAGGCUGCCAUUCUACCCAAUUUACAUCUCCCAAUGCGUAGUUUGGAAGUCAAGAACAGGACAAUAGCAGAUGAUAUCAAGUCUCUCAGACUUGUAACUGCCAUUAAAACUCCUUAUCUUCCCGAUGGUAGAUUUGAUCUUGAAGCAUAUGAUGCCUUGGUAAAUCGGCAGAUUGAAAAUGGAGCUGAUGGCGUGAUUGUGGGUGGCACAACUGGUGAAGGUCAGUUGAUGAGCUGGGAUGAGCACAUAAUGCUUAUUGGUCACACUGUCAACUGUUUCGGUGGGUCAAUCAAGGUAAUUGGCAACACUGGAAGUAACUCUACUAGAGAAGCAAUUCAUGCUUCAGAGCAGGGAUUUGCUGUUGGGAUGCAUGCUGCUCUUCAUAUAAAUCCUUAUUAUGGCAAAACCUCCAUUGAAGGACUAAUCUCACAUUUCAAUUGUGUGCUUUCUAUGGGCCCGACUAUUAUAUAUAAUGUACCAGGACGAACAGGCCAAGACAUUCCCCCAUAUGUCAUUCAAACUGUAGCUGAAAGUGCCAAUCUUGCAGGUGUGAAAGAGUGUGUAGGAAAUGAUCGUAUCGAGCAGUAUACCAAACAAGGAAUCGUGAUCUGGAGUGGAAACGAUGACCAAUGUCACGAUGCAAGGUGGAAUCAUGGAGCAACUGGAGUUAUUUCCGUCACUAGCAACUUGGUGCCUGGUUUAAUGAGGGAGCUCAUGUUUGAAGGGAAGAACCCUUCCUUAAAUGCAAAGCUGUUACCUUUGAUGGAUUGGUUAUUCUGCGAACCCAACCCAAUUGGCCUAAACACAGCCCUCGCUCAACUUGGUGUUGUGAGACCUGUGUUUAGGCUACCAUAUGUACCUCUACCAAAAACCAAAAGGGAGGAGUUUGUGAAAUUGGUCGAGCAAAUUGGACGUGAGCAUUUCGUCGGUGUAAAAGAUGUACAAGUUCUCGAUGACGACGACUUCAUUUUGGUUAGUCGUUAUUAAUAGUUCAUUUCCUCACUAGGCCUUGAUAUGCUGCAUUACUUUCGUGUUUUUGAGAUCUAUCCCAUGCCCUUAAUCUUGAGGUUUCUUUUCUUUGUUGUGUCUCUCUAGUAAUGCUGUUAUCCAUUUUGUGGUGUUAGAAUUUGUAGUAAUAGUAAUAAAUUAAUAGCAACAACAAUAAUAAUAACAAUAUGAAUGAAUGGACGACGUGUAUUUCAAGUCUUCAACUCA